GCCAUCUUAGGGCGGCGACGGGAGGGGCGGGCGGCCAUUGGCGCGUUCAAGCCCCGCGGCGGGCGGUUCAAACGGCGCGGCAGCCAUGGCGGCACGGCUUCCCCCCAGCCGCAGGGCCGAGCCGGCUUUUCGAGAACAGAGAAGACAAAAAGUUGAAGAAUAUCUGUCAAGAAAAAAGACUUUUUCUGGCGUGCCCAUUCAAGAAAACAAGGCACCGAUCAGCAGUAGCGGAACUAGGCAAGCAGCUAGCAAUAAACUGCAAGACAAAAACCUGUCAGCAUCUCCAAAGCCAGAAAUGGAGGACAAAGAGAAUGCUAAUAAACUUUCGUGGGACCAAUCAAGUACAACUUCAGAAGAAAACGUUAUUUUAAAAUCUUCUAUGAUAACACUGGCAUCCGGGACAAGCUAUAAUGCUGAAGAUCUUACUUCCAAGGAUGAAGUCACUGAAAUAAAAUCUCAGCACGUAACACUUAGCAAGUCCUUCUUGUAUAUAAAAAGCAUAAAAGAGAAGCAACUGAUUGCAGAAAAACAGAAUUCAAAUGUCAGCCUAACAAAGAAACCAGUGCUUGGUACAUAUCGUGGCAAAGUUAUCCAAUCCAAGAUAAAUUCCUUCCGAAAAGCACCAAAAGGUGAAGGGGAAAAGAGUUCUUUGCCAGACAAGAAGAUUGGUACUUCUGCCACCAAGCCAGCAGUGAAAUCUUUGUCCACAAGCAGCUGCAAUGUAGUUCUGAAGACCAUCAAAGUCACAAAUCAUUCCAAUUCUGUAAAAUCUAACGGUGUCCUCCCAUUACAGAGCAAACCAUCUGAUAAAACUGCUCUUAACUCACAGUCCAGCCUGAACAAAAGGCAGUCGACAUCUGCUGUAGUACCAAAGAAAGGAACGAUCCAAAAAAACACGAUUGGCAGAAGGGGACCACAGCCACUGAAGGCUGCUUCUAACGGUUCUGACCGUGGAGUAGUAGGAGUGAAGAAACCUGUGGAUUUCUGUGAAGAUGCAAAAGCAGUUCCAGUUGUUCCUGGUGUGAAGAGGGGACAGGAUUCUAAAACUAAUGGCAACAGGAAAUCUGUUUUGCUGAAAGAGUCAGCAGAAGAGAGAAGAAUUCGCCUGGCUGAAUGGAGAGCAUCUAGAGGAAAAGUGAUGAAGAGGCCACCUACAUCUGUGUUUCUGGAAACCCGCCUUAAGAGUGAAGAACAAGAAUUUUCUUCUGCUGGCGGUUCCUUAGAUCAUGUUUUACACAGUGAAAAAGUCAACAAGACUCUUGCGGAAUGUCUGCAGUUAACUGAGCAGGGAUGCAAAGGUGAUAAAGUACGUGCAGUGUUGCAAGAUCUGAUACAGAGCGCUCCUGGGGCUAAAAAGCUUGCAAAAUAUUGGAUCUGCUGGAUGCAUCUUGAACGGACAGGCCCUCCUGAAAAGAUUAUUGCUGUCUAUGAGGAGGCUAUUUUGGCAGGAGCAAUGCCUAAAGAUGAACUACGACGCAUGCUAAUAGAUAUUAUGAAAAAUACUGAAAGCCUGAUUAAGUCUGAGGAUGGGAGUGCUGUGAUAGAAGCUCAUUUAGAAUCAGAAGAGGUCAGCAAGAUAGAAGCUCAGACAGAAGCAGAGGAGGUCAGCAAGGAACCCAAUUCAUCUCUCGAGCAGGUUCAGGAGACCUUCAAGAGUCUCAACUCUGAAGACCAGAAAGCAGAGAGUGAUGAUAAGAAGGCAGAGACUGGCAAUGAAGUGACCAAAAAAGAAGAAAUAGAAGAAGAAAUAGACUUGAAACCAGAAGGAGAGAUCUUGCCAAAAAAGAAUAAGAAGCACAAAGCUAAAGAGCGUACAAAAAACAAAGGAAAACGUGAAACGGAAGAGCAGAAUGAAGAUGGGGUGAAAGAGCUAGCCCAAGCAGUUAAUUCUCCUGAGAGGAAUGACGACACAACUUACGUAACGAGAUACAACCCCUCUACCACACCAUACCUGGAAAGUGUGAAGAUGCACCAUGAGGCAAAUGACUCCAAUGCUAAAGACCUGAAAAUCGUAACUCCUUUGCGAUAUUCCCUACGCAUUCGGGAAAAGAUGUUUAAGUCCUCAGAUACUCCUAAAGAUAAAGAUUCGUGUGUCUCUUCAUUUGAACAACUGGGAGAACUGGAAUCAAAAGCCGCUGCACUUCUCCACAAACAGAACAAUGAGCUGAAGGAAGCAACUGUUGAAGUGGAAGAGUAAAAAUUAGUAUCAACACUACAUGGUGGGGAGAGAUUGGAUCCUUUUUAAGGAAGCUUGGGUGGGAUUUUUAUGUGUUUUUAGCAGCUUCAAGAGAGGUGGUAUCUAAAACUUGUGAGGAUGGCUUAGGAUGAAAUUUGACUGUAUGAGUCACUAAACUUUUAAAUGUGUAUUCUUCUGUGUUUUCAAACUCUUGUGGUAAAUAUAUUGGUCUGUUUUGGUACUUAUAAACAUCAGGGUCAUCAUGUUAAAUAUGACUGACAUUAUAUACUGAAUUAAGAAUUAGAUUUAACACCUUAUAUCACAGUUCAGUGAUUGUAAUAUAAUGUUGAUAUCAACUGUUUUCCUGUUACAAUUCCUAUAAAUCUUUAGAAUUGCAUAUUCUAACUUUUAGUUUAAGGAACAAAAGUAAUUUAGGAAUUCCAGUAGGGCAGUAUUUACUACAGCAGCAUUUAGUUUUGAAAACUGAAACCAGCUAGUAAGGUGUACAACUAGCUUAAACUGCAGUAUCCAUCUUUACGGGGUAUUUCAACGAAACUGAGUAUAAUCCCAUUAACUAAAGGGAUUAUUCGUGAUCAGUUAAUCUACUUUAGAUGGGGUCUGAUACACUAAUUACUAUGUGACUGUUAUAAUAUUGGUUUGCAUUAGUCUGUAAUAUGGUAGAUUUAUUAAACUAA